AUGCCGUCGAUCGUGUCUGGCGACACGGCAAUAGCGCCCCUGGGGAACCAAGUAUUCCGGUUUGAAGUCGAGAACGGUCUUGACGAAGUGCGUCGCCUUGACGAGACGGCCUCUGGCACCUCGACGGAUUUGUGCCCAUAUUUCUUUUCUCCAAAUGGAUGCACGAGAGGGGAUCGAUGCCAAUGGCGGCACGCGCGCAACGACAAGUUAAUUGUGUGCAAACAUUACUUGCGGGGGCUGUGCAAGAAGCAGGACUUGUGUGACUAUCUGCACUCAGUUGACUACGGACGAAUGCCAGAGUGUUUUUUCUUUUCAAAAUAUGGCGAGUGUUCUAAUGCUGAGUGUCCUUAUCGUCACGUGGACCCGGAGAAAAAGAGAAACGAGUGCCCGUAUUAUGGCAGGGGCUUUUGUAGACACGGGCCCAAAUGCCGACAUCGACAUGUGAAGAAAGUGGCCUGCUCAAACUAUUUGUCCGGGUUUUGCAAAGAUGGACCAGAUUGCGUGUUUGGACACGCGCGGUUCGAGAUUGCACGGAAUGUGGACGACGAGGAUACGUUUAGCAAUGGGAUUGAUCGGUUCGGGUUUGGACGGUCGCGCGGACCCGCGCCAAGACUGAUUACGUUGGAGAACGGGAUGCUAGCGACUGCAGCGGCGGUGCCCGGCAUGCCGUUGGGGCGGGCUGCAGCUGCUGGAGGGUCGGGAAUGGCACCGCAGGGCAAACGGUAG